UCCCGAGGGGGCGGGCUUCUAGGCGGGCGGGCCCAGCGGCCGGCGGCCCCGGGCGCGCACGGAUGAUGUCACGCGGCGCGUGCCCCGGUAGCCCGUAGUAACCCGGAGUCUGCGGAAGUGGAGACCGGCGGGCAGGCUGCUGAGACAGGGUACUGAAAGUUAUGGAAACCUAAUUUGUGACAUCAGUUGUUUUUUUGGUAAGCAGACAUUUAUGAUUCUGGAAGAUGAAGGCAGAUAGGAAGCCCCAUUUGAGAUUUUGACAAAGCUCUCAAACAACAAACUAUACCAUGGACAUUAAGCUGGACCCAUCCAGAGACGACCUGCCUCUCAUGGCCAACACCAGCCACAUACUUGUGAAGCACUAUGUACUGGAUUUACAUGUGGAUUUUGAAAGUCAAGUCAUUGAGGGGACCAUAGUGCUUUUCUUUGAGGAUGGAAACCAAUUCAAGAAAGGAAAUAGUUCUACCGAGGAAGCCUGCCAAUUGGAAUCAAAUGAAGCCUGCAAAUUUGGGAUGCCUGAACCCUGCCAUAUUCCUGUGACAAAUGCAAGGACCUUCUCAUCUAAAAUGGAAUAUAAUGAUUUUGCAAUCUCUAGCAAAGGUGAAAAAGAUACUUCUGAUAAAGAUGGUAACCAUGACAACCUGGAACAGGCUUCUGGGAUUUCUAGCUCAAAGUACUGCUGUGACACAGGGAAUCAUGGGAGUGAGGAUUUUUUGCUAGUGUUGGACUGCUGUGAUUUAUCUGUGUUAAAAGUCGAGGAGGUGGAUGUUGCUGCUGUGCCAGGUAUUGAAAAAUUUACAAGGUCUCCCAAGCUCACAGUUGCUUCCGAGGAGCUCAGGAAUCAGAUUGUACAUGAGCUUGUGACUCUGCCUGCAGAUCGUUGGAGGGAGCAGUUAGACUACUAUGCUCGCUGCAGCCAGGCUCCUGGCUAUGGGGAACUCUUGUUUGACACUGACACUUGGAGCUUACAGAUCAGGAAGACAGGGGCUCAGACAGCUACUGACUUUCCUCAUGCUAUCAGGAUAUGGUACAAAACCAAACCUGAGGGGCAAUCGGUUACAUGGACUUCAGACCAGUGUGGCAGGCCAUGUGUUUAUACUAUGGGAUCUCCCAUAAACAACAGGGCCCUUUUUCCAUGCCAGGAGCCACCGGUUGCCAUGUCAACAUGGCAGGCUACAGUUCGAGCAGCUGCAUCUUUUGUUGUUUUAAUGAGCGGGGAAAAUUCUGCCAAGCCAACACAGCUUCGGGAAGGGUACGCAAGCUGGCAUUACUAUGUAACUAUGCCCAUGCCAGCCUCCACCUUCACGAUUGCAGUGGGAUGCUGGACAGAAAUGAGGCUGGAGACGUGCUCAUCAAAUGCUUUGGCAGCAGAGAGACCCUUGCCACUCCCCGAGGCUGACUUCAGGUACAUUGGCAUUUGUGGUCACAUGGAAUACCCCUGCCGCUUCCAGAAUGAUUCUGCCACCACCCAGGAGAUUAUUCCUCAUCGGGUCUUUGCCCCAAUGUGCCUCAAGAGUGCCUGCCAAGAGACCCUUCUGCGGCUGAUUCCGCCUUGCCUCUCAGCAGCACAUUCCGUCCUGGGAACACACCCGUUCUCCCGGCUAGAUGUACUCAUUGUCCCUGCCAACUUUCCAAGUCUGGGGAUGGCCAGCCCACACAUCAUCUUCCUCUCUCAGAGCACCUUGACAGGAACGAGCCAUCUCUGUGGGACCCGUCUUUGCCAUGAAAUUGCUCAUGCCUGGUUUGGUCUAGCCAUCGGGGCCCGCGACUGGACGGAGGAGUGGCUGAGUGAAGGGUUUGCCACUCACUUGGAAGAUGUAUUCUGGGCUAAAGCACAGCAGCUCGCCCCCUCUGAGGCCCAGGAGCAGCAAGAGCUGAGGGCCUGCCUGCGCUGGCGUCGCCUCCAGGACGAGCUGCGGGACUCCCCGGAGGAGAUGCAGGUGUUAAGACCCAGUAAAGAAAAAACUGGCCUUGUGAGUGACUCAGGCGCAUCAGUUGUCAAACACGGACUCAAUCCAGAGAAGACCUUCAUGCAGGUGCAUUAUUUAAAGGGAUACUUUCUUCUUCGGUUCCUUGCCACAAGACUUGGAGAUGAAACUUAUUUCUCAUUUUUAAGAAAAUUUGUGCACAUGUUUCAUGGGCAGUUGAUUCUUUCCCAGGAUUUCCUUCAAAUGCUAUUGGAGAACAUCCCAGAAGAAAAAAGGCUUGAGUUGUCUGUUGAGAACAUCUUCCAAGACUGGCUUGAGAGUUCUGGAAUACCAAAGCCGCUGCAGAGGGAGCGUCGGGCCGGGGCGGAGUGCGGACUCGCGCGGCAAGUGAGCGCCGAGGUCACGAAAUGGGUUCGAGUGAACCAGAGACCCCGAAAACGGCAACGAAGGGAGAAGGAAGAGGUGUUUGAAAAGCUUCUUCCAGACCAGCUGGUCUUGCUUCUGGAGCGUCUCUUGGAGCAGAAGACCUUGAACCCCCGAACUCUGCGAAGCCUCCAGAGGACAUACCACCUCCAAGAUCAGGAUGCCGAGGUCCGCCAUCGGUGGUGCGAGCUCAUCGUUAAGCACAAGUACACGGCAGCAUACGGAAGUGUGGAGACAUUCCUUCAGGAGGACCAGGCCAUGGGUGUGUACCUCUAUGGGGAGCUGAUGGUGAGCGAGGACGCCAGGCAGCAGCAGCUUGCCCGCAGGUGCUUUGAGCUGGCCAAGGCACAGAUGGACAGAUCCUCAGCCAAGGUGGUGGCUGAAAUGUUAUUUUAAACAGGAAAGAUCACAGCGAGAUUCUCUUUCAUACGUCUCCUCCAAGCCCGGUGGGACCAGGCUCACACUGACCCUGGACAUCAAAGAGAGGAUUAUGUGGCUGCUAAAGUCAUCAGCCGACAGCAGUGUUCCUGUCCUGGUGCUUCUCUUGGCCAGAGGCUGGUCCCGACUGGGCACGUAUAAAAGGCAAAUCCUCGUAAACCCCGUCUCUCCCUCCAGGGCUGCGCGGCUGCCUUUGUCCCCCACCCCAGAGGUGCCGCCUGACCACGGGGAUCUGAAUUGCAGCCGGCCUGUGACUUUCGGGCCAUUCUUCCCCACAGAUGAUUAAAGGUAUCUGAGAGACACUGGAAACUCUGCUGGACACUUUGCAUCGGCCCCUCGGCCUGUGGCGCAUGUGGGUAUUUUGUGAUUCCAGAAAGUCAUGCAGCUUCUGUAUGCUGGGACCAGUGCACAGCAUUCGAUGUCCUCCUCUGGGUCGUUCCUGAAAGAUUCCGCAGACUUAUUUUGAUUGAUAUAACCAAUAUAUAGAUUUUUCCAAAAUUUUAGUAUCUUUUUGUAAGAAAAUAAGAUAUAUUAAUAAAAAUACAAUGGCUUUUAUUUUUUUGUAUUCCUGUCUGCUUCUGAAUUUGAUACUGUUGAAAAAUAAGAAGAAAGUCUGUAUAAGAAAGGUCUUCGCCACGCCGUGGUGCCGCCUCCCGCCUCCCUGGUGUCCGCGCGGCUCUGCAGGACGGCAGCGCUGACAGCAGUCAGUCUAACACGUACAGUCUCGGGCACCGCGGGAGUCUGUGGUGAUGUCAUUUUUCUCUCCCACAAAUGUUUAGAGUUAAAAGACAGAAGCUUGAAGCAGCUUCCUGGUACCGUCACAGGCAAGGAUGGUUUGAAACGCCUUGAGGACCACAGCUCUGGCUGCAGCGCGGUUCUACACGAGGCUCAGCUAAAAGAGAAGAGCAAACUUUAAGACGGCAGCAGUUUCUCCUCCUGCCCGGCCCCGGUGGCUCUUUGCAUUCCGGCCUCUUUGGAGUGAAAUGAGGCUCGAACACAAUCUUCAUUAGAACUCUGUUGUACCAGUGACUGUCACUCUAGAAGGUUUCCUAGGGAGUUGCUGUUGCAUGUGCUUUACAUAUCAUUAUGUGUGCUUUUUAUAUACCAUAUUGGUGGAAGAAUAAAAAUUUGAUGAAUCGGGAUAAAUAUACAAACGCUGCUUUCUGUGAUGACUUAGAGUAAACGACACUCUCUCACUCUG